UGUUGACGUUUGUUUGAGGUUCAAUUGGCAAGACAAAGAUAACCAAGCACACACAUUACUACAUAGAACAUACACACAUACAAACAUAUGAUGUAAGUGAAUGUAACAUACCCACAGACACACGCCAAAGUAGUUGAGCCUUUGAGAAAAGUUCUGCUAGUCUUUUUUGCAAUACUAUUAGUACUUUGCAUUCAUAUUUGUAUUUUUGUUUGUGACGUCACAAUUUGGCUUUAGGUCCGUCUUGGGUAUCAUUAUGGCCACUACUGUAGUCACGGAGCCACAACAUCAGCAGGCUUUAUUUCCUGAGCAGCAUUCGACAGGAGCGCUGUCUUCAACGCAGGUUAUCAUCAUAGUGUUUGGCCUAUUGGGCGGCUUGUUCGUUGUCGGUAUCAUUGUGUGGCUCAUCUGGAAGAGAUACAAGAAAUACGCGAACUAUGAUCCUCGACCCUUACUUCAGUUUAGUUCAAGUAUAUUUGAUCCUUCCCGUUCUCCACCAACGGAAAAUCUCAGUGGCAAGUGGUGGAAACGACACAGCAGCAUCGGUUACGUGAUGCAAAUUCAAUAUGGAAUUAGGAGAAUGUGGAUACCUACAUUGGAAACGAUUGAUGAAGACCAUGACGAAGAAGCAGUGAUGUCCAGCCAUAGUCGUCAACCACUUCAAUCUGCAGAGCUAAUAGAGGCAUGUGCACAUAGUCCGUGCACGCCUAGACAGCAAAAUGAAGUGACAGAUAGAUACGGCAGCUUUAUUCCGCUGUAAUUUAAGUCUUCGUUUUAAUUAUUGGCAAUAAAAUAGUAACGUGUAUA